CCAACCCCGUGCGUAAAAUAUAUUUUGGAAAGACAGUUAGGAUAUCCAAAAGAAGCUUUUUCCAAACGAGCUACCGCAUAAACUGAUCACAGACGGAAACAAUCGCAUUUCAAGAAAACACGAAUCCAGAUUGGAGGAAGACCGAUGAACUUUGACUGUUGUUUUUUACGGCUGAAAGUCAGAAGUUUCUCGGCCCUGCUUGACAAGCCCCGGACGACCAGGACUCUCCAAAUCCACUGCAGGUCAAAGAGUUCUUUAUCUUUUCAAUAGAUUCUAGCCAUGUGUGCAUUCAGUAGUUGGAGAUAAAACUGCAGCAAAACUCUGGUGUGGUUGUGAGGGGGGAGAGGGAGAGUCAGUUCCUCGCCGGACCAGAGGAGGGAAAUCUGGGAGAGAGGGGAAAGAGAAGCGGCGUCUCCGAGGAUGACUUUAGGGACGGAUAUGUCCGACAGCUCUGCAUUGUCCGAAGAUUUGGACAUCGACGUGGUUGGGGGUGACAUAUCCGUGGGAAAAGACGGAAAGUACAUCCACGAUGAGUUUGACAAUGACUCGGACGAUAAUUACUCCCAGAACGCGGCCGAGAGGGCUUCCUCUCCCGGGCUCAGCAGCUCCGACUGUCCGUCAGACCAGAUAGGCUCCGGCGCAGAGGUCGGCACUGCAAUAGGGGACAAAUCCAGAAAAAACGCACUUGUGAAGCCCCCUUACUCUUACAUCGCCCUGAUCACCAUGUCCAUCCUGCAGAGCCCCAAGAAGCGCCUCACUCUCAGCGAGAUCUGCGAGUUCAUCAGCAGCAGAUUCCCCUACUACCGGGAGAAAUUCCCCGCGUGGCAAAACUCCAUCCGCCACAACCUGUCCCUAAACGACUGCUUUGUGAAAAUCCCACGAGAACCAGGCAACCCCGGGAAGGGCAACUACUGGACUCUCGACCCGGAUUCUGCAGACAUGUUCGACAACGGGAGCUUCUUGCGCAGGAGGAAGCGCUUCAAGAGGCACCAUGCUAACGAAAUUCUCCGGGAGGCUGCUGGCUUCCUACCCGGGUUUGGAUACAGCCCGUACGGAUACAACUAUGGAAUCCAGCUGCAGAACUUCCACGCAGCCCACAACCCGUAUCACCCGCACCACCACACAGGUGGCUCAUUCCCGUUCCCCAACGCCCACUGCACCUUGCCCUCAUCAGCCUCCAUAUUCCAAGCCCCGCAUCACCUUCCCUCUCUUUUAGGGGCAGAUUUAAGAAAGCCCUUUUACUCUCAGCUCAGCCCGUCCCUGCCGCCUCUCAAGACGGACUCCAGCGCCCCGAGUCGGCCUUCUUUCUCCAUUGACAAUAUCAUCGGUGCGGCCCACUCCACCGCCUCUUCCUACAGCGCGCCGCCGGGCAGCCAGGCUCAGAUCCUGGCUAUCCUCACCCCAGCACUGGCCUCUGCUUCAAACCAUUUGACCCUUUCACAGGACAGCAUAUUACAACCAGGGCCACAGACAUUUUCCAGCAAAAACCCCAAUAUGAACACUUGUCCUUUCUAAAAAGAAACAAAAAAAUGUCAAGAAUGAAUUUAUUAAAAUGCCAAAUUGUGGCGUCGUCUUAAGUGAAGGUAGGCUGUAUAUUGUUGGUAAAAAAAAAAGAAUGUUUUUGGCUCUCCACAUUUCCUAACAAUGAAAAAAGGAGAGGUUUAUUUAUGGUUUGUAAAUAUGUGUAUAAUAUUCAGAGACAAAAGCAAGAGAAACUCGGAGGAGGCUCUUUUUAACUGGCCUGUAAUCUGGCCUCCAUUUGUCAGUGGGAGAAAAUAGAUCCUGUUAUUUUAACAUAUGUGUCAACCAUGGCUAAAGAGGAUGAUUUCCGGCUUUUUGAAAAUAUAAUUGAGAAUUUUAUUAUGAUUUAUAUUGUUUUUAUUUCGUGCGUCGUGAGAACAUGGCACUGUUGUUGUUGAUAGGCUGACAGAGACGGCGAACUCAGGUUUUACUUAGAAAGCACAUGGAGACAAAAGGGGGGGGGGUUUCUGACACAAAAAUAUCAAUUUCCCACUAUCAGCCCCCCCCCCUCCCCUUCUCCCCUGGAUCUCCUCACAGUGAAUUUGUGAUCAUUUCAUGUUGUCGGUGGACACGUAGGCUAUGUGUUUUUUUGAUAUAAAAGAGCCCAUUACCUCUCAAUCUUUUAAUUGUUGUUCGUAUCUCACACUUUACUCUGUGAAACAUACAGUAUGUCAUGUGUUGCCAAUAGAGAGAGACACCUAAAUGUUCAUAGGUCAUUUUUUGUUGUUGUAAUGACAAGAAUAAUAAAUGUUUGUGAAUUUGAAAAG